AUGGCAAAAGACGGCCUGGCCAACGGCGCCGAGGCGUCAAGCAACGGCACAAGUUCAGCGUAUUCGGUCCCCAACGAGACUCGCGCUGUGUUCGAAAAAGGCAUUCUACGCAAUCCUCUGGUCUCCAAACACCUUCUCAAUGGCAUCGAGAAGUUUGCCGCUCCGGUCGAGUUCACAGGCGCCGACUACCCAAGCAUUCCGAUCAAUUGGCGCUUCGCCGAAAGCAUUGCUUCGUUGAAAGGGCUCGAGGCCGCCUACGUCAACGCCCUGGUCCACAAGAAGUCCGGUCUGCCUCCGCAGAAAGUCGUCGUGGAUACCGACCAUGCGCAGCUCUUCAUCAUGAGUACAUUGCUCUGGAAGAUCGACCCCAUGGGCCAAUCACCCCUGACAUUGGCCUCAUUCGCCGAUCCGAAAGCGGUGAAACGCUUCAAUACCAUGUUCAAGUCUACGGACAUCCACGGCUGGCAGACGGGACUCCAUCGCACCAACGCCACCAACAUAUAUCGGACCAAGGACCACCGCUUCUUCCACACGCACGGCUCGCUCAACCCCGAGCCCACGCUGGACAUGUUGGGACUGCCGCACCGAACCGAGGAGGAGCCCCAAUCUUGGGAUGAGGCAAUAAAGCCAUUUGUCGCAAAGGUCGGUUCGAUGGAUAGCGCCGAGCUGCAGUCUCUAGCUGCCGACAAGUACCGGCAGGCAGGCACCAUCUGCUGGACCCCGGAGGAGUACCGGCAAAGCGAGCACGGCAAGGCCAACGCAGACGUCGGCCUCUGGGAGACCGAGCGUGCCGGAGACGCGCCCGCGAGCUGGUGGCCCGAGCCGAGCCAGAGCGAGCUGACGGGCCCGGCCCGCCCGCUCGGCGGCUUGAAGGUCGUCGACAUGACGCGCAUCAUCGCCGCCCCGGCCAUCACAAGAGGUCUAGCCGAGCUCGGAGCCAGCGUCAUGCGCGUGGCCGCGCCCCAUCUCCCAGACGCGAGUCCUCUGCACCUCGACUUGAACUUUGGUAAAUGGAAUACCGAACUGGAUUUCCGCAAGGAGGAGGACCGGCAAGCUAUGUGGGAUCUCAUCCUCGAUGCCGAUGUCUUCGUCCAGGGCUAUCGCCCGGGCGUGGUGGAGAAAUGGGGGUUCGGAGCUGAUGAGGUUAUCGAACGAUGCAAGGGACGCGGCAGAGGCAUUGUCGUCGUCCGCGAGAACUGCUACGGAUGGCAUGGGCCCUGGAAGGACCGGAGCGGCUGGCAGCAGAUCUCGGACGCAUGUUGUGGUGUGUCGAUGGAAUUCGGCCGAGCCAUGGGCAAUGAUGAGCCUGUCACGCCAGUAUUCCCCAACAGCGACUACUGCACGGGCGUAACUGGUGUCUGCGCUGUCCUCGACGCCCUGAUUCGACGGUCGGAAGCCGGAGGCUCAUACAAAGUAGAUGUUGCUCUGAAUUACUACUCGCGCUGGCUCGUCGACACGGUCGGCGCCUACCCUCCUGACGUAUGGGACGCUCUAUGGACCAAGGACGGCCGGAGAGUCUUCAGACACUACCACGGCAUGACGCACAUGCUGCCGCAGUACAUGCAGAUGCUCAUGGCCAACAAUGCCGCCACCCUCUUCAAACCCAGCUACUUCGAGGUCAGGCCUUGCGAGAAUCUGGGCACGAGCAUCAGCACCGUUGCGCCGGUACUGAAGUUUCCCGAGGGCAACGUGAAGCCGGGGUUUCAUGUUGGCACGAGAGGGAACGGGGUAGACCGUGCUGUGUGGCCUCAGGACUUGCUUACUCCGAUAGUCCGCUAG